CAAGCAAGCCGCUUCUCACUUGAAACAGUGCGUGUUUAUAGGGAAAGCGUACAAGCCAGAUCAUCGAAAUUUAUCCAGCCAGGUCGGAAAACAAUGUCUGCAGCUGAAGUGACGAAACCGUUGCCAAGACCUCAAUUAAGAGGUCUUCUGCGAAGUUCCAUUAAGAGAAACCUUAUUUCUGUGGCCAUUACGAUCACCACCGCUGCUGUUCUAAUGAAAUUUGUACACAACGAUGGAAGGAAAACAGCAUAUGCCGAAUUUUACAAAAACUAUGACAUCGACAAGGAAUUUGAGAGAAUGAGGAAAAAGGGCCUGUUCGAUUCCUGUCCGAGCGAUUGAGCUGAACGGUGAACAAAUCCAGCGAACCAAAGCGCGGUUUUAGUGUACUGUGUAUCAUAGAAUAAAGAGAAAAUAAUACCACAAGUA